AUGGCGGAAAAGAAGAACUUGAUAGCUUUGGGGUUCGAGGGUUCGGCCAACAAAAUCGGAGUGGGAGUGGUGAAACUUGAUGGCACCAUUUUGUCCAAUCCACGCCAUACUUACAUUACCCCACCCGGCCAAGGCUUUCUACCCAGAGAAACUGCUCAGCACCAUCUCCAGCAUGUGCUACCCCUUGUCAAAUCUGCCUUGAAGGAGGCCCAAAUCACACCUGAUGAGAUUGAUUGCCUCUGCUACACCAAAGGCCCUGGAAUGGGUGCCCCACUUCAGGUCGCAGCUGUGGUGAUCCGCAUGCUAUCCCAGCUUUGGAAGAAGCCGAUUGUUGCUGUUAAUCACUGUGUAGCGCAUAUUGAAAUGGGAAGAAUUGUAACUGGGGCUGACGACCCGGUUGUGUUGUAUGUGAGUGGGGGGAACACUCAGGUUAUUGCCUAUAGUGAGGGCCGUUAUCGAAUUUUUGGGGAGACAAUUGAUAUUGCUGUUGGGAAUUGCUUGGACAGGUUUGCUAGGGUUCUCACUCUGUCUAAUGAUCCCAGCCCUGGCUACAACAUUGAGCAGCUUGCAAAAAAGGGCACACAAUUUAUAGACCUUCCGUAUGUUGUAAAAGGAAUGGAUGUUUCUUUCAGUGGGAUAUUAAGCUAUAUUGAAGCCACUGCUGAAGAGAAGCUUAAAGCUAAUGAAUGCACCCCUGCAGAUUUAUGUUACUCCCUACAGGAAACUUUGUUUGCAAUGCUCGUAGAGAUCACGGAGCGGGCAAUGGCACAUUGUGACAAGAAGGAUGUGCUAAUUGUUGGUGGAGUGGGAUGCAAUGAGCGGUUGCAAGAGAUGAUGCGAAUUAUGUGCUCUGAAAGAGGCGGGAAAUUAUAUGCAACUGAUGACCGUUACUGUAUUGACAAUGGGGCAAUGAUUGCUUAUACAGGGCUCCUUGCUCAUGCUUAUGGCAUGUCAACUCCACUUGAGGAAUCGACAUUCACCCAGCGGUUUAGAACAGAUGAAAAAGUAGCUAAUAUAUUUGUUAUAGUAGGUCAAGCCGUAAAUGUAUAUUUGGAGAUGGGAGAACACCAAAAUAGUUAUUUGUUUCAAUAUUGUCUCAGUUAA